GCCCCCUCCUUCCCCCGCCAUGGUGAUGGAUGCACAACCCUCGCCGCAAAAUGUCGGCCGAGAAUUUGUUCGCCAAUACUACACGCUGCUAAAUAAAGCGCCCGACUUCCUGCACCGCUUCUACAACAGUUCGUCGAGCUUCGUGCACGGUGGGCUGGAUGCAAAGAGCCAGGACGCGACGCUCGUGGUUGGGUCGAAGCAGAUACAGAACAAAAUCCAGCAGCUUAACUUCCGCGACUGCCACGCCAAGAUAAGUCAGGUCGACUCACAGGCAACGCUUGGCAAUGGGGUGGUGGUACAGGUAACCGGGGAGCUCUCCAACGAUGGUCAACCGAUGCGUCGGUUCACGCAAACGUUUGUGCUCGCUUCACAGUCGCCGAAAAAGUACUACGUGCACAAUGACAUCUUUCGCUACCAGGACGUGUAUACGGACGAUGAGCUAGAUGAAGUGUGUGAGCGUGCGAACGGUAGUGGCACGGAUGAGGAUGGACUGCAUUCGCUCGGUGCGGAUGGGUCCGAUUCGGGUACUUUGGUCGUUGGUGAGACUCAACUUGGUAGUGGUCCUGGCACCACUGCUAAUGCAACGGCUGGGCUGGUGGGAGUUGGUAGUGGUGUGCACGGUCAUCCGACGCAGCCAGGUCAGCAACCGGUGCUUGGGUCGCAGACUGCGGCACCGCAAGCCCUUUUCUAUCCUUCAAAUGUGAUCAGCUCGUCGGGAGCUGGUUUGCUGCCGGGGAUUAAUACGUACGGUGCGCCACCAUCCGGUGCCCAAAGUCAACCGACUUCGCAGCAGCAGCAGUCGACGCAUCAACCGUCUCAGCAGCAAACUUCGCAGCCGCAACAACUGAACGGGCUUCACGAGAGUUUGUUGAAGAACGUGAGCACAUCGGAGGGCGCUACGGCGGCGGCCGUCGCAGCAGUAUUACUCUCCUCGUCUACCGAUCCGCAAGGGUUGAAGUCGAAGAUGGACACUACGCCAAUGGGUGUACCUUCCCAUCUGCUUCCCGGUCAGCAACAGCAGCAACCGCAUCAAUCUCAACUAAAUCAAACGCAACCACCAACAACCACCAAUCAACUCGGCCUAGGACAGUCCCAGCAGCAGCUCCCGCUGCAGUCAGGACAGCAGCAGCAUCUUCAACAGCAACCAAACCGUCAUCUGCUCAGCGAUGUCGAUACGGGGUCGCUAAAUUUAAAUGAUCCGAUCGUAACGGCAGCCGUCGGUGUCGGUUCCGCUUCCCACGUGGAUGUGCUCUCUUCCAGCGAUCUGGACAAAAAACCCCAGCAGCACAAAUCCCAUCAGCAGCAGCUCCAUCAGAAGCAGCAGCAACUGGGAUCUGGCAAUGUUGGCUUCGGUAAACAGCAGCAGCAACAGCAACCGGUAUCCCUGGAACCGAAAACAUAUGCCAAUCUCGUCAAAUCCGGCGUUAGCUCUGGUACACCGUUGAGUUUCGCCUCCGCUAUGCAGGCAUCGUUGAGUGCGCACACCACAUCCCAGCAAUCGGCACAACCAUCGGCAGGGCAGCAGCAGCAACAAUCGCACCAGCAACAACAGCAGCCGCACCAACACCAGACCUACAGCUCUAGUGCUGCCAGCACUAACACAAGCAGGCAGCAGCAACAGCGUGAUAUUCUGUCGCCGACUACCGUUACUGCCGGUGUUAAUCAGAACGCUGCAACGAAUGGCGGUGGCGUCAGUAAGUACGGUACGGAUCGGCAGGAUGAUCGAGGCUCGCUGGGCAAUGGCAGCAUGUCGCAACCCCGAUCUCAGCAGCAACGAUCGAUGCGCACUAAUGGCACCAGCAGCAACACAAUGGGUGGCGGUAGUUUGCGGCAACAGGACAACCGACAGUCAUCGUACGCGCGACAAAACUACAAUGACAGUGAAGACCGGCGCCAAGGUUCAUCCUCACAGUUCGGCGACAACCAUCAGCUGUUCCUGGGCAAUAUACCGCACCACGCAACGGAGGAGGAAUUGAAAACGUUGUUCAGCAAGUUCGGCACGGUGGUGGAUCUGCGCAUCAUGUCCAAAUCGGUACAGAAGAUGCCGGGCAUGCGUACACCGCCACACUAUGGUUUCAUCACGUACGAUGAUCCGGCAUCCGUUCAGACCUGUCUGGCCAAUAUGCCGCUCUAUUUCCCGGAAAAUUCACCGGACGGACACAAGCUGAACGUGGAGGAGAAGAAAACGCGUGUCCGAGGACCCGGUGAAGGCAGCGGCCGGAUGAGCAGUGGUGGCAGCAGUGGUAUUGGUAGCGCCAACUCUAACGGUCCCCGUGCGGGUGGUACCGGUUCCGGCCAGUCCCGACCACCAGGAGGACAAGGUGGCGUAUCCUCCAAUCGGGGUGGUGGUGGUACGGGCCAGCGUAGCCUCGGCGGUGGUAACGUCGGUGGUGGUGGUGGCGGUAGUGGUGGAAAUCGAGGCAAUAGUGGUAGCUAUGGUCAGCGCUCCGAUCGUGGUAACAAUGUUGGUAAUGGACAGCGUUCCGUUGGCAACGCCAACGGGAUCAGUAACCGAGGUUUUGGCUCGGGCUAUUAA